AUACUUGAGACCAUGUCCUCAUCCAAGCUCGAUCUUCUCGAGCAGCAGGCCAUCAACCCUGCCAAUUAUGGACUCAUCCAUCUCUAUGAUCCAGAUAACAGAUUGACUGCAUUCGAGUCGGGCGACUUGGAAGCUCGUUCCACUGUCAUCUUCAUCGGCGGUCUUGGUGAUGGGCUAUGUGCUGUUCCAUACAUAGACUUACUCGCUCCAGCACUCGAAGAAGUCAAUUUCUCCCUCAUCCAGGUCUUACUCUCGUCUUCCUACGCUGGAUUCGGAUUCGGUAGCAUCGAGAAAGAUGCUCAAGAGAUACAAAAAUUACUCAACUAUCUCAGAACUAUCGGCAAAUCUCAAUUCGUAUUGCUUGGACAUUCAACUGGUUGUCAGGAUAUCAUCAAGCUUUUCAACGCCCAAAAUGGCUCAGCCAACUCUAACUCGUUGGACGGAAUCAUGGCCAUCAUCCUCCAAGCCCCCGUCAGCGAUCGUGAAUACAUAUUAGACACUUUGGGAGAGGAAACAUACCAGAGAUCCUUACAAGAAGCUCAGAAGCUUGUCGACGCCGGCCAAGUCAACGCAGCGAUUCCCUGUGAGUUUUCGGACAUGUUUUCGGGUGGACGAUGUGCGAUCUCAGCUUCAAGGUGGCUCAGUCUGGCCAGAUCAUUGCAAGAUUAUCCAACAGGCGAAGACUUCUUUUCCUCUGACCUUCCCCUAGAACUCCUCGCGACUCACUUAGCACCGGUGGCCCAGAAUGGGGUGGCAGCAAUGGUCUUGAUUAGCGGUAGAGAUGAGACGAUGCCCGGCACGGUUGACAAAGAACGUUUACUUCAACGUUUGGUCGACGCUCUCACUUCCUCAUCCAAUCCUGAUCACGAACAUUUAAAACCGAUUGCUGAGAGCUGGAGUGCCAUCUUAUCUGGUGCAGGCCAUCAAGCUGAAGAGGUUAAACAAGACAUUUGCACUCGAAUAGUUGAUUUCAUUGGUGGCGCUUUAGCAUGUUUAGAACUGUAAUCAUCAUGUCUCUCUCUCCCUCUAGAUUCAAUUCCAACGGGUCGUAGAACUGAAACACCACGCAGGCAAAAAUUGUUUCCUCUUAUCCUUUCAGCAUACUCUAUCUGUUUCCAUGAUCGAGAUUCUAAACGCCGCACUUUGGUGAAAUCUUUGACUGAUUUUGGACAACUUGUUUAAGUGCCCACUGAGAUCCUCAAAGGAGUGCAAUUAAAAGUUCACGUAUUCAACGUG